CAACUUCUACUAGUACUUCUUCAAACAUUCACACCCAGACAACGAGUCCAUCUGAAAUUUCACAAGAUUCGGCCCUAAAUUUCACAAUGACGAGUGGAUCCAGUGGAAUCUCCGAUGAUAGCUUGGAUCUUAGCACGAAGUUCAUACAGGCAGACGUCACUUCGACACCCGAAGCACCUAGCACGACCAUUUCCAAAAGCACUAUCACACUUUCUACCGGUAAAUUUGAGGAUGGAAGUACAAAUUUCGUCCGAAAUGAUUUCCCUAUUAGCACCCAGCAACAAGAUGCAUAUUAUACUCUAACAACACAUUCCACUCCUACCAGUCAAGGUAGAAGAAAAAUAAACACGGCAUUCCCAACAAUUUCACUAACGAGAAUAGUUAGAUCUACUGCUGCUGAUGACGUCACCGGUGACUACGCUGCAGACGAUACAUCAACUGUAAACGACACGAGAUACCAAACGACUAAAGACAGUCAAGAGGAAACUGCAACUUCGACAAGCAUAGGCGCGAAUGGCACUUUCGGCAUGAAUUAUAACAACACUAGCACGCGUUCAACACCAGCUUAUACCAUUUGCAGUCCAAGGUCACUGUCCGUAUGCUACGAGAAAAUCGUUAAAAGAGCUGAUGUAGCACUGGAGUACGCCAUUCAGAUGAAAAAAUGUUUGGCUUCUCUGAGGUUCAGCCAACAAAUCAUGAACGUGACGGUACGGUCGACUGUAUUGCCCCCAGAGCCCGGAGAAGUCAACACGACACUGCUCAACCACCUGAACGUGAGUGUCGAGCAGCAGACGAUCGUCGCGGCGCUGCAGAUCUACGACGCGCACCUGACGAUCCUCAAGGACACGCGCUGUGCCGCUAUCAGCUUCAACAUGCUGCUCACCGAGCUGCGUCGCCUCAUUCGCAACGUCGAGAUGUCGAUGGCGGCGUCAGGGGACGCGGCGCUGCCGGUGUCCGACGCCCGAACGCCACUCGACGCCUACGUCGGCAUGGUCAACCCGAGUCGUCGCGACAUGCGUGACUACCUCACCGUGAAGCGCUACAUCGGCUGGCUGCUGUACACGAAGCAAGUGUACGAGAGCCUGGUGAUUGGCACCUAUGUAUGA